UUUUCUUUUCUUUUCUUUUCUUUUCUUUUCUUUUCUUUUCUUUUCUUUUCUUUUCUUUUCCUUUUUCCUUUUCCAGAGAUCAAAGAAAAGUCUGACUGAUAUUUGGUCAAGGAAGCGCCUUACGCCAUGUCAACGUCACAUAAGGAGGUAACACAGAGCCGGGGGGGAUUACGAGAAGAAGUGCCUAAGUAGGACGAGGCGCAGCCACGGGGCACAGAGCAAAGUAAUGAAUGAAUUGAGUGGGAGGCAGACGGGGAAUUUAGUUGUAUUUCAAAGGAGCGUGGAGGGUAGCGUUGCUGCCGCCGCCGGUUGUGCAAAUACGCAGGACAACACACAAACCUUCAGUAUGGCCGCCUAUCCUGGAUACGCUGAAUGA